UUGGAUCAUUGAAGUAGCUUGGAUUGGGAGAAUUCCACACCUUCACCGAGCAGACAGACCGACAGCAUCAACCGUCACCAUCACCUCCAACAUGACAUCUACAACCAUGAAACUAUGCUUUGUAACGGUGGGCGCGACAGCUUCGUUCCAUCUUCUUCUCGAGGCUGUUUUAGAUGAGCCUUUUUUGGAGGCCUUGCAGAAAUUAGACUACACCCACCUCCUCAUCCAAUACGGCAAAGACAGCCAGGCUCUCUUUGAGGAACUCCGCGGGAAACACCGCUCGGGGAGGCAUGGACUCAAGAUCGAGGGGUUCGAUUUCAACACUGCCGGUCUGGACCAUGAGAUGCGCACGGCUCAGGCGGAUCCAUCGGAUGAGAGAGCCGGGGGCGUAAUCAUCAGCCAUGCAGGGUCUGGAAGCAUCCUGGGUGCUCUCCGGCUGGGCGUUCCGCUCAUCGUCAUCCCCAACCCGACCCUCCAGGACAACCACCAGGAGGAACUGGCGCAGCAGCUCCAGAAGCAAGGCUACGUUGUCGCCAGUAGUGUCAGGGAGAUGGCCGCUGCGCUUCCCCGAGCGGAGAAGCUGCGCGCGAACAUGUUAACUUGGCCGCCUGUGUCUGGCGAGGGCAAGAAGAAACGUCCACCCCUGGAACAGGUGAUGUCGGAUGAGAUGGGCUUUUUGGAUUGACCUGGAGCGGUCUUGGAAGUGAUCUUCCUGGCUCAACCACACGCGGAAUGACACGACGGUUAGUGGUGGUGAACAUUGGAUGGCUUCUCAUUUGAUAGUUAUAUAUGUUUUGUCUUAGGGAUUGGCGUUGGGGAAGGGUCUUU